CGGGGCUUGAUCACCGAUCAGCGCAGCCGCAGCAGCAGCAUCUUAAAGCUCAGCAGCAUCUCCCAGCACUGCGCAGCAUCACGGGCAACACCAAAACCAACACUCCACCCUGCCCAGCUACAACGCAGCAUGCAUUCAAAUUCCUACAAAUCCUGAUCAUGAACGCCCGAGGUAGCGAGAAUUAAUUAAACGAUUGUCGGCUACUGUUCUGUCGUUUGGUACUUGUUUGUUUUUUUCCCCUCUGGACCGCACACGACGCGCCCCAAAAGAACUCAAAAUGGCCGAGAUCACCGAAAUACGAGCAGCGUACGAUAUGUCCCCAGUACUCGCGGGCUUCAUCGGCGCCGGCGUAUUGGUGGUUGCAGUGGUGGCCUUAAUAUUUGUGUGGACAUGCUGCCAAAAACGUUACAACAGGAUGAGCCACAAGCUCCAUGGUGUCCAAACAGAGUGUAGUGACCCGUUAACAGACCCACCUUACAAAUUCAUCCACAUGCUGAAGGGCAUGAGCAUCUACCCAGAGGCACUGACCAGCAGCAAGAGAAUAGUGCGACUUGUUCGUCGAGCUGGCGGCAUUAACACUGAUGUCGAACGAGAGGGCAAGGGGUGUCCUGUUGUGCUGGUGGAUGUGGGUGCAGAGAAGAGUCCAGUUGUGACACCUCAGUUUGAGGUAGGCAGUUUAGAUGAGAGUGCCCUCCCAACUCCACGACUAGAGAAGGAGCUACCUGUUCGCGCAGACUACUGCUGCCUGGAGAACAGCUCAAGCAGUGGCAGCCAAAGCUCAAGCACCACGGCAUCUAACAGCGCCACACCCUUCACAGAUGAGGCAGAUCGUGGAACCCUUAGCCUCACCAUCGACUACAAUUUCCCCAAGAAGGCACUGGUGGUGACUGUACUGGAGGCGCGAGGGUUACGAGCUGUGGAUAGCCAAGCUGGCAGUGCUGACCCUUACAUCAAGAUGACCAUUUUGCCAGAAAAAAAGCACAGAGUGAAGACCCGUGUACUGCGCAAGACACUUGAGCCUGCUUUUGACGAGACGUUCACAUUUUAUGGCGUGCCAUACAGCUUGCUGUCGGAGCUCACGCUGCAUUUCCUCGUGCUGAGCUUUGACCGCUUUGCUCGUGAUGAUGUGAUCGGCGAAACGUUGGUGCCUCUGGCUGGUGUUGAGCUUAGCACAGGCAAAGUGCAAAUCACACAGCCAAUCAGCAAGAGAAGCAUGCAGUGUGUGAGCCGUGGCGAGCUGCUGGUGUCUCUUUCCUAUCAGCCUGUCUCUCAUAGACUCAGUGUGGUAGUCCUGAAAGCUAGACACCUUCCAAAACUGGACAUCACUGGCCUGGCUGGAAAUCCAUAUGUGAAAGUGAACGUAUUUUACAACCGUAAGCGCAUAGCUAAGAAGAAGACUCAUGUGAAGAAGUGCACGCUGAAUCCUGUUUUCAAUGAGUCCUUCAUCUACGACGUACCCGCUGACCUGCUGCCUGACAUCUCUAUCGAAUUUCUGGUUAUGGACUUUGACCGCACUACUAAAAACCAGGCCGUGGGGCGUCUGGUGCUGGGAACACACAGUCCCUGCCCCUCUGGUGCCACCCACUGGCAGGAGGUCUGCCAAAAUCCACGUCGGCAAAUCUCCAAGUGGCACAGCCUUGUCGAAUAUUGAGGUUUCUCCUGUCUGUUCUUCACACACAUAAACAAAUACCGUCACACACAAACACACACACAUAUACAAACAUUACAGAUAUGUACACAUACAGUAAACAAUAAUGAUAUACACAGAGACAUGAGGGAGACCUCAAGGCCCUAAGAAAAAAAUAAGACUAAAGGAAGACAGUGAAUUAGAGCACUUCACAUGGACUUAUGAAAAACAUGAUGAACUUUUGCAACAGCUAUGUAGUGAUAGUUCUCAAAUAAUCCUUUAUAAACAGUGCUGUUUUAGCCAUCAGUGACACAUACACACUCUCUUACACAAAUGUGCAUACACAUACACACACACUGACCAAUAGUAACUUAAGAGACCAAAAUAUUGUUAUGUACACAAUUUUGAGACUGUUACAAGUACACUCUUCUGAACUUAGCAUUGAUUGUAUGUAUGUUUAAAUUAAGGUGUAACAUGUCUGCCUCCACAGACCUCACUACACUGCUGUAGUUCACUGUACCGCAUGUAUGAAUAACACAAGAAUUACUGUAACAAUUCAAGAAACCAAGCAAACAGCAGUCAAGGCUGAGAAGUGACACGAUAAAAGUUAAUAAUGGUGUGGAUCACAGUUGUUAGGAUGUAUAAAGACUUUUCAAGUGACAUACCAAUCUCCUUAAUAUGAAUAUCAGGUAAAAAAAAAAAAAAUCAUGCUGCCCUUAGCAUGUGAGUUAUGAUUGUGAUUAGGAUGACACUGACCUGUUAUACAAUGGAUAUAAAACGUCUGUCCACCUCUAUUAAAUUGGCAGGUUUUUGUGAUGUAAAAUAAUUUUUUUUCUUAACCUUUUUAAAAUUUUUGGAGAGUCAUUCGGUUUUUAGGUGACUUUACUGUGGUGCUUCAUUUUUUUUUGUUUGUUGAUAAUGGCCUUUAUGUGCCAAGUUUAAUAAGUUUUAGAAAUAAUUAUAUAUCUGUCUCAUGAUCAGUAACUUUCAACAAGUAAGAUACCAUGCAUGCUUUAAAAGCACCAUGGUUUCAGCAGUCAGAUGAAACCAAGAUGAUGAAAUGAAGAAAAUGAAAAUCCUACAGAAACAUCUGAUCUUUAUUUGGGCAUUUAUUAAUUAGAAAUAUUAUUAAUUUUUUUUUUUUUUUUUUUUUUUUACUAUUUUAGCCUAAAGUGUUACUGAUUGUUUUUCAUAUUGAGGGUGGAAGAGGUUCUAACAUGUUUUUAUCUUGGUUUAAUUUUUUUUCACAUCAUUAAAACCUGCCAUUUUAACAUGGCUGUGUAGAUUUUUUAUAUCCAUUGUUUAUACCUCUGGUUGCUCUUCUGUUCAACUUAUUCUUUUGAAAAGGUUGACUAAAUUGGGCAAAUGUGUGUGGCUUUGUGAGAGCAAUACAUACUGCUGUUCUUAAAAUUCGAAGAUAACAUGGAUUAAAUGCCAUUUUUUGUAUUGUCCAUGCACCAUCCAGUUAAUAUAUGGUUCAGUGUGAGGCUACGUAAAAAAAAUAUGAAGCCAAUCUAUAUGUACUCAAACUCACUUUGAAUGUCACUACAUAUGUAAGAUAACACAUGCUCCAUGUAGCCAAUUUUAUAAUUUUCUCUCAGUCUUUCUAUACUGUCUCUUAAUGUCACUGUAAAUACUGUACAAAUUGUACAGGGGCACUGGUGUGUAUUUAAUAGGUAUUGUACUAUAUGCACUGAAUGCCAAUGGCAUGAUCGUUUUUGAUAUGGUGUGGUGUGUUUCCUAAAACCUUGGAAUCUGUAACAGGUCUGUUAGAUCUAAUUGUACUGGGUUAGUGGACUGUAAAGAUGAAGUCUGCCUGUCUACAGUGAGUUACUGGUGCAAGGCAUUGAACAUUAGAUUUCUCUGACCUGGCAGACUGGUGUGCAUUGAGUAUCACAGCAGAUUCAAUUGAUACCUGUCUGAUUGUGGUACUGCUGUAUGCUGCACACACCUGUUAAACCAUACACUAUACACAGUCCCUCCUCUCCUCUCCAUCAAAGCCCAAAAUUAUAUUCACACUCACAAUUACAUUAGACAUCUUUCACAUUGACUAAGUUGUCUGCCAUUUUUACGGGGUCAUACUGGAUAUGGAUAUGAUACCAACUGGUAGAAUCCUGAAAGGAAAAGUGCUUUUGAUUGUACAUGAUUUAAGGGUACUCAUUACACAAUUGAAUACUUCCUUUACAGUAGUCUCAGUAACAGUCCAGUCAACAGUAAGUGAUUUUUUUUAAUGAGUAUUACUGAGUCAGAUGGAGAAAUGAAAAUCAAAACACUAGAAGUUAAUUAGACUGUGUAAUGAUUAUAAUUUAGUCAAAAAAAUGUUAAUUGGAGGGACUUUUGUGUUGAAAUAAAAAAAAAAAUGAAUAACUACUUACAUUGCUGAAUGUUCAGUGACAUUUAAUAUAACACAUAUAACACAUUAACAUGUAUGUUGGUGUUCUUAAACACACUGAAUGUGCAAAUUAAAUGUGGUACAAAAAUGAAA